GACGCCGAACUCGGCGUUUACGUCGGGACCACCGUGUUUUUCUAAAUCCACGAACGGGGCAGGUUCGUUUAACCAGCCCACACCUUGACGAAGUUGGCCCACAACGCUCCAUAUUAGCGUCCCACCAGGGACAAGAUCUGCGCGAGGUGACUCGGCGAGAUUCCUCGCGUCCACGACACCGGACGGCUUCAGUGACGUGGACUGCAUACUUCGCCGGGUCCGUGCCGCCUGAGGAGACGAGAACCUCACGCCAGGGCUCGCCUGUUCUCCCUUCGGGUCUCUUCGAAUGAAUCGUGUAGAACGAAUCGCGGACAUGUUCGAUUGCUGCUACCGUGGCCUGAAGGCGAAAGAGUCAUCGGACAAUGUGGUCUCGAAGCGGACCUUCCUAAUGAGAGGCACGGGCUCGAAGCCGUCCAUCGGUCAGCUCUCUGCCGCCACGGUCGAGCACCCAACAACAGAGGAGUCCGAGGAAAAACUUCAACGGAACUUCGUCAUUCGGGCAAUGCGACCUGAAGAGCUGGAGGCGGCCUACAAAAUUCGACUCCAAACCAAUUACCUCUUCUCCAAGAACACUCUCGAGACGUCGUGGAAGAUGCAGCCCGACAGCUUCCUGGUGGCCGUCAGCGAUGACGACGAGGUGUUGGGCAGUCUGUCCUGGCGCCAGUUCGCUGAUGACCUGAUUAUACUGGAUCAGCUGACCGUAGACCGCGGCCACCAUGGCGAAGGUGUUGGUCCCGAGCUAACAGCCGCUUUCGUCGACUUGCUCUCCUCACAAAACAUCAUGGUGCGCCUACCGGAGCACAUCGAGCAGCAGUUCGUGCUAGAGAUGCCCCCUUUUCCCUACAGGCAUUCGACACUACUGCUGAGCACGAGUCCGGCAUCGCCGCAACUCGAGCGCCUUCAAGCGGAUGCUGCCGGAGUGACCGUGGAGCUGUUCGAGAGCCAGUACUUGGAAAAGCUGCUGCAGUAUGACAUGGACGUGUUCCACUGCAGUCGCGCGUCACUCGUCAAACGCCUCGUGGAGGGCGCGCACAGCGUUAGCCUUCUGGCCUUCAACGACGACAUGGAGCUGUUGGGCUACGGCGUGGUCCAGGAGAUGACCGACGGCACCGGAGACGUCUCCGUACUACUUGCCGAUGAAGAAGCGAUCGCGGUCACCCUGUUGCGAGCGUUGGCACUUAACCCGGCCACGCCGAGACUGCUCAAGCUCACCUCUCCUGCUCCUUCCGAACAGCGUGACCACUGCUUCGCGGUGCGCGUCGGCUUCAGCGUGCGCCAGGCCUACGUUUGCCGCUUCACGCGUUGGAAGCAGAUCAUCGACGUUUCCCGAAUAUUCUCGUUCGGCGCACUUUAGACUUUAUUUUGUACCGGAAACAUGGCUUCAUCAGUGUGCACCAGAAACACUUGUAAACACCUGGGAGAACUUAGUGCUAAUUUCUGGCAUGUUUUUUUGCUAUGCAUUCAAACGCAUUAGUAACGCCUUCUCAGGGACGCUGGCAAUGAUACCGGCAAACAAUUCUUUUAGAUACCACAAAAAUAUUCAAUGUUUCGCAAUGAAUGGUCUUCACUUAUAAAAUCUAUGAGCGUAUUCAAUGCUCCUGCGGCAAUGCCUUACAAGUUUCUCUUUCGGGC